UGCUCUCUGCAUUUUGAUGAAAGCCCAAAUACCUUCAGUCUGAAGGCAGGGCACAGGGAAGGAAAGAUCUGAGGGGCCUGGACUGGCUGUGUGCAGAAAAAAAAAACCUUGCUUUCACUUAUGGCUGUGUAGGAAAAAAAAAAAAAAAAUCAAAUUUGGGAUUGUGGAAGGGACUGAAUUUUGUAUAAAUUGAAGCCGCCCAGUUUUGAUCACAGUUGUGGGCGCCGAUCAUGGAGAUGCAAAAGUGGUCCACAAGGUGGAAAACGAAAAGGUGGCUCUUGGAUUCCACUUUAAUCAUCACUUUUACUUUCGUUCUGCAGGCUGCAAAUGUCAGAGCAGCUGAUCCUGUUGAUGUGCUCAAAGUAUUAGACUUUCACAGUUCUCCAGAAGGGGUUAAAAAAACAACAGGCUUUUGCACGAAUAGAAAAAACUCACAAGGAUCUGACACAGCCUUCAGAGUCGGAAAACAAGCACAACUCAGUGCCCCGACAAAGCAGUUAUAUCCAGGUGGAGUGUUCCCAGAAGAUUUCUCUAUCCUUACAACGAUAAAACCCAAGUCAGGGAUCCAGUCCUUCUUGCUGUCAGUUUACAAUGAGCAGGGAAUCCAGCAGCUUGGAGUGGAGGUGGGCAGAUCCCCAGUGUUCCUGUAUGAGGACCAAUAUGGCAAACCAGCCCCUGAGGAUUAUCCUUUGUUCAGGACUCUUAAUAUUGCAGAUGGAAAGUGGCAUCGGGUAGCUAUCAGUGUGCAGCAAAAAACUGUUACUAUCAUUUUUGACUGUAAAAAGAAAAUCACAAAACCACUCAGCAGAAGUGACCAGGCUGUCAUCAACACUGAUGGCAUAACAGUGUUCGGUACCAGGAUUUUGGAUGAAGAAGUCUUUGAGGGUGAUAUCCAGCAAUUGCUUAUUGUAGCGGAUCCCAGAGCAGCUUAUGACUACUGUGAACACUACAGCCCAGACUGUGAAACCCCUCACCCCAACGCUCCUCAGGCUCAGGAACCUCAAGUGGAUGAACAGUACACUACUGACGACUUAGUAGAAUACGACUAUGAAUACAGUGAAGGAGAAUUUACUGAAAAUGAGAACACCCCAACAGAAGAAGCAGUAGCUCAACCAGAGAAAAAGAAACCAAAUUCCUUCAGCAAAAAGAAGAAAGUGAAAAAACCCACUAAAACUAAGGACAAACCUGUAAAGUUCACUUCCAAAAAAUCUGAAAACUUAGCAGCUAAGAAGAAGAAAGCGAUGCCCGGUUACCAAGCAGCAGCACGAGCAAGAACAUCAGUCAAUCUAGGGGUCAACAAUGUCGAUGAAACAGAAGAGUACGAUUACGGAACCGUGGAGAGUCAUCAGACUCAAACUCCCACUGCUUCAACAGGGGAGAACGAGGCUGUUGAAGAAGAAUUUAUUGAUGAAUAUAUAACUGGAGAGGAUUAUGGUGUGGAGAAAAAAUUCACUGAGGAAGCCGCGGAAACCGUGGCAACUGGGGAAACAGUGGAAGCCGUGGCAACUGGGGAAACAAUGGAAACCAUGGCAACUGGGGAAACAGUGGAAACCGUGGCAACUGGGGAAACUAUGGAAUCUGGGGCAGCUGGGGAAACUGUGGAUCAAGGAGCCAACGAAUAUGACUUCAAGGAAUAUGAUGUUAAGGAACAUGAUCUUAAGGAGUAUGAUCUUAAUGAGUAUGACCUUAAUAAUUAUGAUAAAAAAGAAUAUGGGGAAUAUGACUAUAAAGAGGAAAUACCAACUACACAGGAGGAGUUUGGGCCAGGUGUUCCAGCUGAGACUGAUGUGACAGAGAGUAAAAUAAAUGGCCAAGGGUUUUUUGGGGAGAAGGGAGAGAAAGGUGAACCAGCAGUUAUCGAACCUGGAAUGCUUAUAGAAGGCCCCUCAGGACCAGAAGGCCCCGCUGGUCUUCCAGGUCCUUCAGGUCUACAAGGCCCCCCUGGUCCUCCCGGAGAUCCCGGUGACAGGGGCCCAGCAGGCCGUGCCGGUCUCCCAGGUGCUGAUGGGUUGCCUGGGCCUCCAGGUACCAUGCUCAUGCUGCCAUUCCGUUUUGGUGGGGAUGGAGAGAAAGGACCAGUUGUCUCAGCCCAGGAAGCUCAGGCCCAGGCUAUUCUCUCUCAAGCCAGACUUGCUAUGAGAGGUCCAUCAGGUCCAAUGGGUCUCACUGGAAGGUCUGGUCCUGUGGGUGUCCCUGGGUCAACAGGUCUUAAAGGUGAUGGUGGUGAUCCAGGUCCGCAGGGUCCUCGUGGUUCUCAAGGUCCCCCUGGUCCUCCUGGUAAAUCUGGCAAAAGGGGCCGAUCGGGUGCUGACGGUGCCAGAGGAAUGCCAGGAGAAUCAGGAGCAAAGGGUGACAGAGGAUUUGAUGGACUUCCUGGUCUGCCUGGUGAAAAAGGUCAUAGAGGAGAAGUCGGUCCACCAGGCCCCCCUGGCAGUCCUGGUGACGAUGGAGAAAGAGGAGAAGAUGGAGAGAUUGGGCCAAGAGGUCUUUCUGGCGAGAGCGGCCCAAGAGGAUUGCUCGGACCAAGAGGGUCUCCAGGUCCCACUGGACAGCCUGGUGUUGCUGGAGUUGAUGGUCCUCAGGGUCCAAAAGGAAACAUGGGUCCUCAAGGAGAGCCUGGGCCUUCCGGACAGCAGGGAAUCCCUGGUCCACAAGGUCUUCCAGGUCCUCAAGGCCCUAUUGGUCCACCUGGUGAAAAAGGACCCCAGGGUAAAUCUGGUCUCCCAGGCUUGCCUGGUUCAGACGGGCCUCAUGGUCACCCUGGAAAAGAAGGUCCACCCGGAGAAAAAGGUGCCCAAGGACAGUCCGGCCCUCAAGGACCAAUUGGAUAUCCUGGUCCCCGAGGUGUAAAGGGUGCUGAUGGCGUCCGAGGUCUUAAGGGUGGCAAGGGUGAAAAGGGAGAAGAUGGUUUCCCAGGUUUCAAGGGUGACAUGGGUCUCAAAGGAGACAGGGGUGAAAUUGGGCAGGGUGGUCCAAGAGGUGAAGAUGGCCCUGAAGGCCCAAAAGGUCGCUCUGGUCCCAAUGGUGACUCUGGCUCACCAGGUCUUGCUGGUGAAAAGGGAAAACUUGGUGUUCCAGGAUUGCCCGGGUAUCCAGGAAGACAAGGUCCAAAGGGCUCCACUGGUUUCCCCGGAUUUCCAGGAGCCAAUGGAGAGAAAGGUGCCAGGGGUCUUGUAGGAAAAUCAGGCCCAAGGGGGCAAAGAGGUCCAACGGGUCCACGUGGUGGUCGUGGUGCCAGAGGUCCUACUGGAAAACCAGGUCCUAAGGGUACUUCAGGCAAUGAUGGUCCACCUGGGCCACCUGGAGAAAGAGGACCUCAAGGACCUCAGGGACCAGUCGGAUUUCCUGGACCAAAGGGCCCCCCUGGACCAGCUGGUAAGGAUGGGCUGCCUGGUCACCCUGGACAGCGUGGAGAGACUGGUUUCCAAGGAAAGACUGGUCCCCCAGGCCCUGGCGGUGUGGUUGGUCCACAGGGGCCUACUGGUGAGACCGGCCCCAUUGGUGAGAGGGGUCACCCUGGCCCCCCUGGUCCUCCAGGUGAGCAGGGUCUACCAGGAGCUGCUGGAAAAGAAGGCGCUAAGGGAGACCCAGGUCCCCAGGGCACUUCCGGCAAAGACGGGCCUUCUGGACUGCGAGGAUUUCCUGGUGAAAGAGGUCUGCCUGGUGCCACGGGUCCAGCUGGUUUAAAGGGAGGAGAAGGCCCACAGGGUCCCUCAGGCCCAAUUGGGUCUCCAGGAGAGCGUGGUGCCGCUGGCCCAGGAGGUCCGAUCGGUCUUCCUGGUCGCCCAGGUCCCCAAGGCCCACCUGGCCCGGCAGGAGAGAAGGGUGGCCCAGGUGAGAAAGGUCCCCAAGGCCCAGCUGGCCGAGAUGGCAUCCAGGGUCCAGUUGGUCUUCCAGGGCCUGCUGGUCCUCAAGGCCCCCCAGGAGAAGAUGGCGACAAGGGGGAAAUUGGUGAACCAGGUCAAAAGGGAAGCAAAGCUGCUAAGGGUGAACAAGGUCCUCCUGGUCCAGCAGGUCUUCAAGGUCCUGUCGGUGCUCCUGGCCCUGCUGGAGGCGAUGGAGAGCCAGGCCCCAGGGGUCAGCAGGGAAUGUUUGGCCAGAAAGGUGAUGAAGGUUCUCGUGGUUUCCCUGGCCUUCCUGGUCCAAUUGGUCUUCAGGGUCUUCCAGGUCCACCAGGCGAGAAAGGAGAAAAUGGAGACGUUGGUCCAAUGGGCCCCCCUGGUCCCCCAGGUCCUAGAGGCCCUCAGGGUCCGAAUGGAGCCGAUGGUCCACAAGGUCCCCCUGGUGGCCUGGGUUCUGUUGGCGCAGUUGGUGAGAAGGGUGAGCAUGGUGAAGCAGGUAACCCUGGACCUCCAGGAGAAUCUGGCACUGGGGGUCCUAAAGGAGAGAGGGGAGAGAAGGGAGAAUCAGGUCCACCUGGAGCUGCUGGACCAGCUGGUCGCAAGGGACCUCCAGGAGACGAUGGUCCCAAGGGUAACCCUGGUCCAGUUGGAUUCCCUGGAGACCCUGGUCCCCCUGGUGAGGCUGGUCCAGCUGGCCAAGAUGGGUCUGGUGGAGAGAAGGGAGAUGAUGGUGAAGCUGGUCAACCUGGUCCUCCUGGUCCAUCUGGAGAAGCUGGCCCACCUGGUCCUCCUGGUAAAAGAGGUCCUCCUGGAUUAGCUGGUGCUGAAGGCAGGCAAGGAGAAAAGGGUGCAAAGGGAGAAGCUGGCUCAGAGGGUCCACAAGGAAAGACAGGCCCAGUUGGUCCACAAGGUCCCCCAGGAAAGCAAGGCUCAGAGGGCCUUCGUGGUAUUCCAGGCCCUGUUGGUGAACAAGGACUUCCAGGUGCUGCUGGACAGGACGGCCCUCCUGGACCUAUGGGUCCACCUGGCCUCCCUGGCUUGAAAGGUGAUCCUGGUACUAAAGGUGAAAAAGGCCACCCAGGUUUGAUUGGUCUCAUCGGUCCACCUGGUGAGCAGGGAGAGAAGGGUGACCGAGGUCUGCCUGGCCUACAAGGUUCUCAUGGCUCCAAGGGUGACUCAGGUAUCGGUGGUUCACCUGGUCCUCUUGGUCCCCCUGGUCCUCCUGGUCUUCCAGGUCCUCAAGGUCCAAAGGGUAGCAAGGGUUCUUUGGGGUCUGUUGGUCAAAAGGGUGACACAGGUGUGGCAGGUCCUCCAGGUCUUCCUGGUCCUCCUGGUGAGGUUAUCCAGCCUUUGCCUAUCCAGUCUCCAAAGAAGACCAGGAGAUCAUCCGAACAAGCUGACGAAGCCAAAAAUGUCCUGGAUUACUCAGACGGCAUGGAAGAGAUCUUCGGGUCGCUCAACACACUUAAACAAGAUAUUGAGCACAUGAAGUACCCCAUGGGCACCCAGAACAACCCAGCACGAACCUGCAAGGACCUACAGCUUUCCCAUCCAGAGUUCCCAGAUGGUGAAUACUGGAUUGAUCCUAACCAGGGUUGCUCUGGAGAUUCCUUCAAAGUUUACUGUAACUUCACAUCUGGUGGCGAGACCUGUAUCUACCCAGACAGGAAGUCUGAGGCAGUCAGAAUUUCAUCCUGGCCCAAGGAAACUCCAGGAUCUUGGUUCAGUGAAUUUAAGCGUGGCAAACUACUCUCAUAUGUGGACGUUGAAGGCAAUCAAAUUAACUCAGUCCAAAUGACAUUCCUGAAAUUACUGAGUGCCUCUGCCAGACAGAAUUUCACUUACAACUGUCAUCAGUCCGUGGCCUGGCAUGACGUGUCAUCCGACAGCUUUGACAAGGCUCUGAGGUUCCUGGGAUCAAACGACGAGGAGAUGUCUUAUGAUAACAAUCCGUACAUCAAAGCCCUCUAUGAUGGUUGCGCAUUGAGAAAAGGCUAUGAAAAGACUGUGAUGGAGAUCCAUACACCUAAAAUUGAUCAGGUGCCAAUCGUAGAUGUGAUGUUGAAUGACUUUGGUGAUCCAAACCAGAAAUUUGGAUUUGUAGUUGGUCCUGUCUGCUUCCUUGGUUAAACUCAGAGCGAUGGGCAGAUCCACAAGCAAGCUGCAACUUGGUGUCACCAACCCACUUCAUGCCACAUGCAAGUUUUGAAUAAGAAUGGUGUAGAGAAUUUGUCUUGCCGUGUAUGUAUGUAUUAUCUAGAAAAUACCUGUUGUCUUUGUAGGGCCAGAAUCACAUGACUUAUACCUGUUAUGGAAAACCGUGAAGGACAUUUGAUGCCAUGGCUGAGAAUGGUACAUAGGCAACAACAUGAGGAGGUCUGAUUCCUUUUGGUGCUGUACAAAAAUGACUACAAUGGUGCUCUGUAAAAUACAACAAAGAGGUGCUAAGAAGGUGUAUUUUAAUAAACUGUAAUUGUUCUUUUGUACAAUACUGUUAUUUCCAAGCCCACUUUCAAAACUUGCAUGUGUCUCAGCAUUGCAUCUGGCUCUUAACUUUAAUAUUAGUUUAAAAAAAAAAAAAAAAAAAAAAAAAAAAGAUAUCAGUGAAUAUUGUGUAGCUGUCAUGAAGCAAAUAAAGCAAACAUUUUCAGUCAAAUCAAUUCCCUUUUUCUAAUUAUAAUAUAUCCCCUUUGUAUAUAUUGACCACACAAAGAGCUCUGGGUUAUUUGCAUUCGCCUUCAAGACCCCAAGUGACAGAACAGGAAAGCCUUCUUCAGCACACUCAGAUCAACUUCUUCACUAAUGUUGUUUCUUUGUUCUACUUUUUAAGCAACUGAGGCAUUCAAUUUCUGGUGCUAUACCUCAAACGUUCUAGAUAAACUAUAAGAUCCCAAGGAUGUUAUACCCUGUAUAUAUACCUUGAUUAAAACCAUUACGUUUAUAUUUUUUGGGUGGGGGACAUUUUUUAAGAAACAAAAAUGUGUUCAUAUCUUUUGUGAAUUAAACAAUUAGCCUUCUAGAUAACACAAAAUAAAUGUUUGAUUGGUUCAUGGUUCAUAUAAAAAAAAAAUUAAAACUGGAUUCUAAACAACAACGAAUUGAAUGUGUGCAUUGUUUGCUUGCAUAUUGUGUAAAAUAUAUGUACAAUAGUAUAGUUUAACCUUAUUUUAUAGUGCCUAUACAUUUACCUUUCAGAAAUAUCUUGUUUAAUUAUAUUCCAAGAUGAGAAUACAGAUGCCAUAAUUUGUCUAGGUCAUGUGAUUCUACCUAGUUGCUAAGCAACAUGUAAGGGGACUGCUAACUUCAGAGCUUUCUGUAUUGGACCCAAAUCUUUGUCAUUUCUCGUACAAGUUCUUUUUAAUUUGAAGCUGUUUUUUUCCCUUCUUUCUGCGUUAGUUGUCAUGGCAGUAGAAACAACCUUUUUUUUUAACACUUCAGAAAAUUCCCUUUUGUAAUUAUUUCGAUAAUAUAUGUAAGACUUGAAAUAAAUGUUUGGUAACUAUUGCUUUUUGAGUUGUUAAAUUAAUUGGAUUAAGUUGAAACUACAUUAUAUUUGGUUAUUUUUUAAUUUGUAUUAAAAUGUCUGACAUAAUGCGUGUAAACUACGGUACAGAAGAGCAUUCUAUGGUAAUGCAUUUUCAUUUAUUUUCAGACCAAAGUUUGUAACUGUGAGCAUCAAAGACAAAUUUAAGAAUUUCAACAAUAAAGAUCAAGUCUUGUCUA